AUUUAAUUGAUUGGUCGAAAUAAAUUCAACAGAAAAUUAUAUCACGCGCAUGCGCUGAUAUAUGGAUACGCACUAUAACACAAUACACUCCAUUUAUAAUUUACUAUAACUCUAUCAGUUAUUACAUAAACUUUACUUUUAUAAGUCUUUUGCGCACAUGAAAUGAAAAUCAAGAAGUCAACCAUGGAGAUGUCAUCUGAAAAAUUAAAACAGCGUUCGUGUUUACAAACAAUUUGAAAUUACUGGUAGCAGAAGAAGAUAAGAAAGAGAAUCGGAGAAUCCAAAAGAGACACGUGUGUAAAGUUAAAAGCUCCGGCGCCUCUAGCGGCUUAGACACUUAGACACGUCUCAGAACAUGAAAUAAAAUAAAAAAACAAAUCCAUGAAAAAAAAUUAUCUGAUCUAAUUCCAUGCGCUUGCCGGUCCACCAGCUGCGGAGAAAAAACUGCUCAACUAAUUGAGAUAAUUCUACGAAUUGAGAUAGUAAACUUCCAUUACAUUUUUAUACAUGGAAUGAGUUGCGAUAAUCCUACACAGUGAUCGAGAGCAAGUUUUAAACAAGCAUAUCAAGAUAAGUCAGUUAAUAUGGCUUCGCUUUUGGAAUUAAGUAUUGGCAUUCUAUGUGUCAUCUUAGUUGUAAAUGCAGUUGACAGAACCAAUUUUAAAACCUGUGACCAAUCAAGUUUUUGCAGACGGUGCCGUGGUGUGCAACCUGGUAAAACACCUUAUGAACUUUUGCGAGAGUCAAUAGAUAAAAAUGAUUCAAUUUUACACGGAAUAUUAUUCAAUAAAGAUACCGGAAAGCCAUAUAUAUUGCAGUUAACAGCACUUGAAGAUAAUACAUUUAGGCUUUUCAUAAAUGAAAAAGAACCUUUGAAGCCUCGGUACGAGGUGGAGUAUGCUUUGCAAGGAGCUCCAAGACACGCAAACUUGCAGUUAGUGGAGACUACAAGCGACCACGUGACCGUAAAAAGCGGCUCUAACAAAGUAAUACUUUACUUCAGUCCAUUUAAAGUAGAUCUGUACUCCGACGAGCAGCUGGUAAUUUCUACAAAUGCCCGAGGUCUUAUGAGAUUCGAGCACUUACGUACUAAGCCGGCUCCGAAGCCAGCGGACGCUGAAGCCGAAGAAGUGACUGAAGCACCGCAGUAUCCAGGCGAUGGUGCUGAAAACGACCAGGGAGCAUGGGAAGAAAACUUCAAGUCCUUCCACGACUCCAAGCCACGUGGACCUGAAGCUAUUGCUUUAGAUUUCAGUUUCCCUGACGCCGAGCAUGCUUACGGAAUUCCUCAACACGCCGAUUCGUUCGCUCUAAAGACAACCAAAGGCAUCGACCCCUACAGGCUGUACAAUUUGGACGUCUUCGAGUAUGAAGUCAACGAACGCAUGGCUCUUUACGGAGCGAUACCUGUCCUGUACGCCCACGGUAAAGAACGCACGUCUGGAGUUUUCUGGCAUAACGCUGCUGAAACCUGGGUAGACAUUCAGUCCAGCGCUGACAGCAACGUCUUUGACAGUAUUGUCAAUCUGGUGCCUGGUAAUACUAAGAAAGUCAGUGUAGACACUCAUUUCAUGUCUGAAUCAGGUGUGAUUGAUGUAUUCUUCCUCUUGGGACCAAAACCACUUGACGCAUUCCGUCAAUACACUCUUUUAACCGGAACCACUCCAUUGCCGCAGAUGUUUAGUUUAGGAUACCACCAAUCUCGCUGGAACUACAAUGACCAAGAUGACGUCGCCCAAAUAGCUGAGCAAUUUGACGCCAAUGAUAUUCCCAUGGACGUGAUGUGGCUGGACAUUGAGUACACCGACAGCAAAAAAUACUUCACUUGGGACCCCAACAAGUUUUCCAACCCGACAAAAAUGAUCCAAGAUCUCACAAACAAGCACAGAAAAUUGGUAGUCAUUAUCGACCCGCAUAUCAAGCGCGACAGCGGUUACUUUGUUCACAGAGACGCUGAGGACAAUGGAUACUAUGUCAAGACAGCUGAAAACAAAGAUUACGAAGGUUGGUGCUGGCCUGGAUCGUCCUCGUACUUGGACUUCUUCAACCCGGUAGUCAGGGAUUACUUCAGACAGCAGUAUGACCUUGACAAGUUUCAUGGUACUACCAAUGACGUUUACAUUUGGAAUGACAUGAACGAACCAAGUGUUUUUAACGGUCCUGAGGUGACAAUGCCCAAAGAUUUGAUUCAUUAUGGCAACUGGGAGCACCGAGAUGUUCAUAACAUCAAUGGACUCAUGUUCACUCUCGUUACUUACGAAGCAUUGUACAAGCGCUCGGGUGGUACUCUGAGACCUUUUGUUCUAACAAGAUCCCACUUUGCUGGAUCGCAACGUUUCGCUGCUGUCUGGACUGGUGAUAACACUGCCGAGUGGCAACACUUGCGUAUAAGUUACCCGAUGUGUUUGUCAACAGCAGUCGCUGGAAUGUCUUUCUGCGGAGCUGACGUUGGUGGGUUCUUUAAAAAUCCAGAUGCUGAAUUGUUUAUCCGGUGGAACCAAGCCGGCGCUUGGCUACCAUUCUUCCGUCAGCACUCUCACAUUGAAACCAAACGACGUGAGCCUUGGACAUUUAAUAAUGAGACUACUAAAAUAGUACGUGAUGCCAUUCGGAUGAGGUACUCUUACUUGCCUCUCUGGUACACGCUAUUCAGAGAGCAUGAGAUUAAUGGCAGCCCGGUUAUACGACCAAUGUGGGCGCAUUAUCCUUCAGAAGUAAAAACUUUCUCAAUUGACGACCAAUUGCUUGUCGGUGAUUCUAUUCUAGUACAUCCUGUUUUUGAGCCAUCUGUUACUGAAGUUAAUGUUUACUUCCCGGGUGAAGGGAAAGAUGAUUGGUAUGACGUUGAGACUAUGGAGAAUUACUCAACUCCGGGUAAUGUACGUAUACCCGUGACUCUUCACAACAUUCCGGUGUUCCAGAGAAGUGGAUCUAUUGUUCCACGUAAAAUGAGACUACGUCGUAGCACUGUGGCUAUGAAAAAUGAUCCCUACACUUUGUUUGUCAUCGCAGACAAGUCUGGCUCUGCCUCAGGAACUCUUUAUAUUGAUGAUGAGUCCAGCUUUGAAUAUCGUCAUGGAAAAUACGUUUAUCUUAAAUUGUCCUUUGAUGGAAAGACACUUUCUUCUAAGUACAUCAAUAAAUUGGCCAGUUUCUCAACAGCCAGUUGGUUGGAACGAGUUGACAUUGCUAAUCCUCCUCAGGGUGUUAAAUCAGCUAAUCUUAUUUCUGAAAGUACAAUAAAUGGUAGCUUGGAAUUGAAUUACAACUCCAAUAAUAAUGUUUUAAUAAUACGUAAACCCGGUGUGAAUAUGGGUGAAGAGUGGUCAAUUGAAUUAAUACGUUAAACUGUGCUAAAUCAAUACAAACAGUUGAAUAUUUAAAUUCACUACUAGCGGCAAUAUUGCACAUGUAGUUAAUAAUAUUUUAGAUAAUGUAAUCAUAAAAAGAAAACUUUAAAUACCACUUUAGAUUUGAAAGAUAGUAUAAAUAUUUCUAUAUAAAAAGAAAUUUUUCGUCGUUCUAUAAUAAUUUUUAAUUUUUUUACACUGUGAAUACUUUAAAAACAUGGAUAAUGUAAUUAAUUAUAAGUAUAAAAACGAUUUAUUAAAUAUAUAAAAUAAUUAUUUCUUUUUUAAAUUACAACAUACGUUCACUCGGAGCCUGUUUAUGAGCGAGAUAUAAAAAUACAAUUGAUGACAAAGCAGAUACUAAAAAUAUUACGUCAAACCAACGGUGAUAAAAAUUAAAUUGCAAAUCUCCUAAAACUUGUGUUACUAUUAUUCUGUAUUCAGCAGGCAUGUUCAUUCUCAUUAAAAGUACCGAUGAUACAAAGUACAUUCCCUGUAAUUUUAAAUGUUUAUUUUUAAAACAGAUUUAUUAUUAUUACUAUUAUAAUAUAAGAAAUAAAAUUGAAUUAAUUUACCAUUAUUUGGGCGAGUAUUAACACAAUAAUAUUGGAAGAUUUGCUGCUAGAUAUGGCGUAGAAAAA